AUGGCCACUAUAGACGAGAGUCGUGCGAAACUUGUUGCAUCUAUACAAGACUAUGACGCAUCCAUUUUGGAGAUACAUCAAGCAGACCUUCUCCUCCACAACGUGCGACGCCAACUUCGAAGGAGCGUACACGCCCUGCGACACUGCAACCGUCGUGCGCGCAACUAUUUGGAGCAGAAGACUAGUCAACUCGUGACCACGUGUAUCACAGCGGAAGCCACAUUCUACCGAUCCGUCAAGCGACGCAAAGAAGCAUUCAAACAGUACAUGGCCAACGCUGCUGCCUACGCCAAGUCACAAUGCAUUUCUCUUUGCGAGAUGAUGUACGAGAAAUUGCCUCGAGAGCUCAGAGAUAUGGUGUAUAGUCAUAUCUUGAAGAAUGAGGUGGUUUGGGUUGGGCAACCCCCACUGAGGCCCUCCAGGGACGCGCGCUUUACCGCACAGCGAGCACAUCGAUUCAUUACUUUGAAUAACCCCAACGUGAAAUCAGAGCCGACAAACAUCUAUGUCGGACAAGGCAGCCGAACUCACCGCCACAUGUUCGACGUGAAUUUUGUGACAGAUCCGAUCUUGUGCGAAUUCGAUAGAUCCUGGUAUAGCGAAGCCACUUUCGUUUUUGACGACCCGAGCCAUAUCCCCAACUUCUUCGCCACCUCUGAAUUGAGGUCAGGGCUUGAUGUUAGCACACUUAUUCGCAAGAUCAUUGUUAGGCUACCGGAGAAUGUGAUAAGAAAAGAGGGUUACGAAAUCAAACGCUACCGACACAAUCAUAGGGACUACUUGCGCAUCAUAACGGCGUCCGAUCGCUGCCAUGAUUACCCACUGCUCCUAGCAUCGUUCCUCACAACACACCUGAAACCUCCGGUGGCAAUUACCUUCCACAUCCUACCGACGAUUGACAUCGACCGUAAUCUCCAGAUUUCCCUGAGGAGUCUUGAGGUUUGGGACAAGCAUGAGCGGAGCGCUCGAGUACUGUUAGACGGUAUUACAUACGUAUGGCCUCUUAUUGAAGAACUGGAAGCGCGAGGGCGCAAGAUUUCUAUUUGUUUAGAUUCAGCUGCAGAGUUGUUUAUGACGAAGAACCACACGUUAUGGAGUCCUGAGGGUUGUUUGGCACGAGCGAUUGAGUGGGGACUUGAGAAGCGCAACAAGGCGACACAGAAUAUUUCUUGA